AUGGGGAAGCUUAUUAACAAAGCUAAUAGUAAAGCAGAGUCCGUAUUCAACAGGUACAUCCCAGACACCAUGAGCUUCUCCACAUGCACUAAUUGCCCUUUCCUGGGUUCUGCCCAGAAUAUCUGUGGUGAGUGGUUUAUAUUUUGGUCUUCAGAGAUGAGUGGCAGUCUUCACCGAGUCAAUCUCAACGGUGCCAAUCACAAGAUGCUGGUAGAGACACAAAACAAAAUAACAGCUAUGUCAUUGGAUAUUCUCAGUAAACGGCUCUUUUGGAUUCAGCACAACCAAGAAGGAGAUGAUCAUAUUGGUUCAUGUGAUUACAAUGGCGGCUCUGUGCACCUUAGCAAAAAUCUUUCACAGCACAAUUUGUUGGCAAUAUCUAUUUUUGGUGAACAUAUCUUCUAUACAACAUUGAAAAAGAAAGCAAUUUGGAUAGCCAGCAAACACACUGGGAAGAAUAUGGUUAAAAUUAAUCUCAACUUAUCCUUUGUACCACCGGAUGAUAUGAAAGUGGUGCAUCCACUUGUCCAGCCCAAGGCAAAGGGUGAUACUGGGAAGUCUGAUCGGGAGCUUUGCAAACAGAGGAAAAGAAGCUGCAGAAAUAGCACGUGUGAUCAAGAUUCUAAACUCUCUGUGUGCACGUGUGCCAAGGGAUAUACUUUAAGCCACGAUGGGAUGCACUGUGAGGAUGUCAAUGAAUGUAACCUUUCGAAUCAUGGCUGCACUCUUGGUUGUGAGAAUACUCCUGGGUCUUAUUACUGUACAUGCCCAGCAGGGUAUAUGCUGCUUCCUGAUGGGAAACAAUGCCAGCCAUUACCACCCUGUCCAAGAGAUAUGUCUAAAUGCAGUAACAACUGUGUUCUGACAUCGGAUGGCCCUACAUGUCUCCAUCCUACAGGUUCAACAUUUGACAUAGAUGGAAAAACAUGUACUGGUAAGUGUACUUACUUUUUUGUUGGAAAACUCUCAAAGUGAUAUGUCCCCAUUAACACAAUAUCUUGGGAAUGUGUUUGCUUUCCCGGGAAUAAUCGACAGCUGGAUCAAAAAAAAUUUGCACAUAUUUUAAAUAAAUACAUAUUUGAAAUUUGGUUCACAGGACCACAGCCACAUUUGCUGUUUGCCAAUUCUCAAGAUAUUCGAUCCAUGCGUCUUGAUGGAACACACUAUGAAACCCUGUUCAGUGAGCAGAUGGGGAAUGUAUUUGCCCUGGAUCAUGAUCCUGAAGAAAAUAAGAUAUACUUUGCCAACAUAGCUCUGAAGUGUAUAGAGAGAGUUAACAUGGACGGUUCAAAACGAGAAAGGCUCAUUGAGUAUGCAGUCGAUACACCAGAAGGUCUUGCUAUAGACUGGAUUAACCGAAAACUCUACUGGACAGACAGAGGGAACGCUCUAAUUGAAAGGAGUGAUUUAAAUGGAACACUUCGUGAGAUAAUCAUCACAGACGAUAUCUCUCAGCCACGAGGAAUUGCUGUCCAUCCAAUGGCCAAGAGACUCUUUUGGACUGAUAUAGGAAGUAGCCCACGGAUUGAAAGUUCUUCCCUCCAAGGCUCUGACCGACAUAUUAUAGCUAGUUCUGACCUCGUCUGGCCCAGUGGGAUAGCAAUCGAUUACUUGACUAACACAUUGUACUGGUGUGAUGCCAAGAAGUCAGUGGUUGAGAUGGCCAACCUGGAUGGUUCAGAACGCCAAACACUUGCAGAGAAUCAAGUAGGGCACCCGUUUUCAGUAGCUGUGUUUGAGGAUUAUGUGUGGUAUUCUGAUUGGGCUGCGCCAUCAUUAAUAAAGGUGGACAAGAGGACUGGCCAAAACAGGGUGCAUCUCCGAGGCAGCAUGCUGAAACCCUCAUCGCUGGUCGUGGUUCAUCCAUUGGCAAAACCAGGUACUGUAUAUCCCUGCUUACACCAGAAUGGAAGCUGUGAACAUAUUUGCAAAGAGAGGUUUAGAAUAGCUUGGUGUUUGUGUUGUGAAGGUUUUAGAAAAGCCUCAGAUGGGAAAAUGUGUUUGCUUCUGAAUGGGUUUCAGAUAUCAGCAGGUAGUAAGGAAGCUGAUCUAAGUAAUCAAGUAACACCACUGGAUGUCCUGCCCAGGAGUAAAGCCUUUGGAGACAGCGUUACAGAAGGAUUGCAAUCUCAACACACGCUGGUUGCUGAAAUCAUGGUGUCAGACGAAGAUGACUGUGCUCCCAUGAACUGUGCCACACAUGCUUUGUGCAGCUCAAAAGGAGACAAUGCCACGUGUCAGUGUUUGGAAGGAUUUGCUGGUGAUGGAAAGCAAUGUUCUGAUAUAAAUGAAUGUGAGGACAUCACGGUGUGCCCUGCAGGCUCAUCACGAUGCAUCAAUACUGAAGGUGGCUAUGUCUGCAUGUGCCAAGAAGGCUACCACGGAGACGGAAUUCACUGUCUCAGUAUUGGUGGGUGUCCACUAGGCACGUACCCCUGGGUAGAACAUGCCAUCUGUCUAAACAUUGAGAGAAAUUACGCUCACAUGUACCUCAGCAGCCUGUCUGAACCUGGGCAAACUUGCCUUGAUAGAACUUCACCUUCUCCUCUCAGGGAUGAUGACCUCCAGUCUGGGAGACAUAUCUACCACAGAUGUCCUCCGUCAUACGAUGGGUACUGCCUCAAUGGAGGCAUAUGCAUCCACAUUGAACCAGAAGAGCAGUAUGCAUGCAUAUGCAUUGUUGGCUUCACCGGGUUCAGAUGUCAGCACCGGGAGCUGCGGUGGGAACUGCGCCAUGCCAGCCACGGGCAGCAGCAGAACCUCACCGUGGUGGCCGUCUGCGUGGUGGGGCUCCUUGUGCUGCUCCUCUUGGCCCUGUGGGGGGCUCGGCAUUACAGGAAACAGAAGUUGCUGUCAAACAACCUAAAGAACCCAUAUGAAGAGACAAACAAAGAUGGGAACUGCAGCAAGCCUGCUAACAGUGAAGCUGGGAUGCCUUCUUCCCUGCCUUGGUUUGUGGUAUUAAAUGAUGGCCAGGACUUCAAGAGUGGAAAUCAGCCCAUGACCCUGAAGAAUGCUCAAGCAGCAGAUGUUGGGUCGGUAAAACUGACUCAGGACAGGAAGGAGUCCCAGAUAAAUGGAAUGCACACAGGGCAAAACUUCUUCAGCCCCCAGGGAAUGAAGCAGAACCUUCAUCUACCUUCCUACGUGGCACAGCCCCUGGAGAAGGUGGUUGAGAAGUCCCAUUCUUCCCCUGUCAGCUGA